GUGUGCAACGCGUCAGAAUACCUAGAAGCGUAAAAAAGUAAAUAGAUAAAGGAUAGUGAAUUAUUCAAACUUAUUUGCUUUUUCCUUUAAGCCAUAUGCUCUUAUUAAUCCCGUGGUAGCGCUCGUGUUACGAAAAAACAAGGCACUUCUCUAUUAACCACCACACUAUUUAAAACUGAAAUCAUUAAUUGGAAAGUGCUAGUGAUUUUCACUAGGAUUCGAUCCCAAAGUGUCUGCUCAUUUAAAUUUUGCUUAAAGUGUUAUUUUAUAGUGCAAGAUACUGUCAAGAACCCUCUUGUUUAGGGGUAUUGGCGUUGGCGAAAACAUUAAGAUGCCACCAAACGCCAAAGACAGUCUGUUCGAAGUGGUUCCCCACGAUACAAAAGAUGACGCCUCAGAAUAUGAAGACCUCAGUGAGGAUACAGAGGUCACGGAGUGUUCCUGCGACAAGGCUAGCUACGGAGACAUUGUGUUUAGCACUUUCGUGGUUGCGCCCUUAGUGGUGUCUGUGUGGCGUGGCACGUGGCAAAUAAUGGACAUCUACGAAAACUACUUCCCGUUCGCUGAAUCAUACUUCAUGGGAAUUAUCGUUCAUAUAUCCUUCGCGUUCUUAAGAGCUACGUUUCUGGCCCGAUCUGCCGGCGCUUGGAGUGGCGAGAACGGUGGCGUACUCCGGUGGAUACGAGAAAGGCUUUUGUCCAAAUUAUAUACUUACAUCUUCGUGCUGUCCAAUCUCACAAUGUGGCGUGGCGGUUGGGGCGUACUGGAUAUGUUCUUGAGCACUGUUAUACCUGAUCCUGAUGAUCCUCAUAGGACUAUUCUGAUAGCAGUUCUCACGUUCAUAUUCUACUUCUCUGCCGUUCUCUUACGGUCUUCGCGCAACUUUCUCGCCUCACCUUUUUUGCUGUACACUGACGGGAAGGAAGCGACAUACCUUUUCACUACGAGGUUCAAGACAAUUAACAGUAAAGACAUGGCGCUCUACGUGUUGGACUGCGUGUUCUCAGUGAGCGUGGUUGGCUCGCUAGUGGUGUUCGUGUGGCGAGGCUCCUGGGCUCUACUGGACAUCUUUAUCUUACCAGACAACCUAGUUAAAUCUUUGUGGAUUUCAUUGGCACUAGGUUACGCGCUGGUUAUUAUGACGUUCUCUCUUCAAGUCCCGAUGUGUUGGGCUGCAGCACGUCUCCGAGGCGCGCCGAGACUCCUCCUGGCCGACGUAUACCAUCUCGUGUCGUUUUUCGCGACGGUCAACGUCUGGCGAGGAGUGUGGGGCUUGCUCAAUGUUUAUUUCUUCCCUGAUUGGCCGAAAUUCAGCAACUGGUGCACACAUAUCGUCAGUUUCUGCCUUCUCGUCUUAUUGAACUGUUCCAAUUCAAUCCUCGUCCGAGGAGUCUACAUUGACGCCGAGGAACCGGACGGAGAAUGCGUAGUAUUCCCGUGUCAUUAUCUAAGACUAUUUGUCCACAAAGAGAGAACUAAGAAGAGACAUAAAAGAGCCCUUGCUGCCGCCGCUAAAGAGGGGAGAAGACAAGAAGGCGCUAGUCUACCUCUGCAGCCCGAAGACAAAGUCUAGUCUGGAGGACGACUUCGCUAGAUCGCGACUCCAAGAGAUUGGAGCAGACGUUUACUAAACGGCUUGCUGAAGCCGGAUCGUUAUAACAGAACUAAAUUAUUUUUUAGUGAUAUAUCUGAAAAAAACAUUCCCAUAAACUUCUUCUAAUUUAUCAAACUUCCAACAAAGAAUUACUUUAAUUUAAAAUUAGAGCGCCUAAUCAUUAGCAGAUAGCAAACAAUAAUAUUAUGUUGGUACACAUGAAAUGUCGGUACCGUAUAUAAAACUGCAAACCUUUUUCAGCUCAUCAGCUCCAUUUGUAUGUAAAAUAAUGACAUAUCAUAUGCACCAAUACAUAAUAUACAUAACCGUUCGUCUAAUUUUUGCGAUUACAGGUUUGUCUAUUAGUCGCUAAGCUAAUUUAGUGAUCAAAUAACGGAUAUUACGAAUAUUUGAAUGACCAUUUCGUACACAAAAUGAAGGAAGUUUAGAACGACAAAACCGCAAAUAUUAUCUUUGAUUUAAAAAAGUAAUAUAACUGUAAAAUAAAAUUAUUAUUUGUUUAAUUCAAGGCGUACGAAUAAUUUUGUUAUUAUAACGUUCAGAUAUGAAAUUAAAUUUGCGUAGAAAGCUAAAACGGAACGGAAGGAAGCUAAAACGGAAAUUGAUUUUGAAAAGCUGCGGUGUUUGUGACACGACGGAAAUUCUCUCGUUACAAAAGAUUUUCGUUAAAGAUAAAACUCAAAAAUACUGAGUGAGAGCUCGCAUGGGGUGCGUAAUGGUCUCACCUCAAAGCCGGGCUUCCGAAUAAAAACAACAAAUUAUUACUACAAAAAUGUGGUUUUCGAAUUAUUUGGGAUCCUAGUUUUUUGAGUGGAUUUGUAACUCAUUUACGGCUUUUAGGUCUACUUUUAUUAGCAUGUUUCAUAGGAAUUGCCCUAAGCAAUUGUGCGAGAUGGUACCUCCCUCAAACUUUGACAAUCGUGAUCACCAAAGACUAUCAAAUAAUAAUCAAAAAAUCUCGUCUACCUCAAUCUCUCUUACUUCAAGUACAAGACGUUUCCCAUUGUGCACCUCGUAAAAUCAAAUCCUAUAAUGUAAUCUUCUACACGGUGUUCUCUGAGCGUUAAGACAUAACCUUUUUCAAGCUUAGUUUCUGAAGAACAGUUUAUGAUAGUCGAUGACCUCGCUUUUGACAUUCCAAUAAUCCGACCUGAGGUUCUGUACCUCCGUAAGUAUCAGUAUCUUUUUAUAUUCUUCACAUUACUCUUAAAAUACUUUUACAACAAAAAAUUGUAAACAUUAGAGUACCUAGUGCGUAUAUUAUUAUAAAGAAGCCAUCUGUGUCGUAUAUACAACAGAAUUCGUAAAUUAUAUUAUUAAGUUAUUUUGAGAACUGAAAAUAAUUAAAUACUAAAAAUUGUAUAAAUCCCGAUAAAUAUCAUAUGAAACAAAACUAUUUGCAGUAGCCACCUGAAAGUCAUCUAUUUUGUUUUAUAGUACUACGUUAGUGAUAUCGAAAUCUUCUAAGAAUAACCAACAACAAUUCUGUAAAAAAAAUCACAAUGAUAAUCUAUGAGCGAUGUUAUAUUUUUCAUAAUUGAACACAGGGAUCACAUAUAAAGCAACUUGUAAACUGUUAUUUUUACAUGUUUAUUUUGUAAAUAGAAGAAAAUUCAUAUAGAUGUUUAUACAUAUUAUGCUAAUGUUUACAAAAUAUAUUUUAGAUACACUUAGAUAUGAUAUACGUAUUGAAUUAAUCUACCUCGGAAAUUAUUUAAUUUAUUACAUAUCAAUUUCUCCAAAAUGGAUCGCUGUAUUUUAAAAUUAUCUGUGUGAAAUGGAAUGAAAUUGUCAAAAAAUUGUGGACAAUUUUCAACAACGCCAAAUCAUUUUUACAUAGGUACCUACCUCUACUUUCAUAUAACAAAUAAAAUAACAGUAAUAUUUGAAACGCAUUUUUUCAAUGUUGUCACAUUUUAACACAUUGAAGCCUCGGUACAUAUCACAAAUACCUACGUAUUUCCACUAAAAACUUUUAAAUUACUAUUGUGUAUGUAGAACACAAUUUAACCAAAUUAAGAUAGCCAUGACAAGGGACAAGGUGGAUUUUUUGUUUUUUUAAUAGAAAUUCCACAUUUUACGAAUUUAAUGUCUUCGCUGUCUUUAUACAAAUUUAGGGUCUUAUAGUUUUUUUUUUACGCCAUCUUGUUCUAUAACAAGAUUAUAAAGAUAGUGAUACACAUGUAUAUAAGUGAUCCACUAGAUUUGCAGGGCUGAUUGUUUUUGUACAUAAUUUUAUCUGCAGAUUAUGCAAUAAUAAACUGAUUGUGAAAUAA